UGACGGCGCACUUCCUGCCUCAGCCGGGCCGAGCCGAGCCGAGCCGAGCGGGCCGAGCGGGCCGGCGGACAAGCCCAGAGCCUGCGCCUUCUCGUCUCGACCUCUGAUUGUCGAACCUGCGGGAGACGCUUCGGUCACGGCGGGCUUCCAGCCCCACUGACAAAUGCUGAGGGGGCAGAGUGAACAGACCAAUAUAACUCCUCAACCACUAGAAUUCUGAGGAUAUAUUUUAUCUAAAACAGCAAGGACGGCGAUAAAGCUGCACAGAUAGCUGUGGGUUGUACCAUGCUUUCCAAUUUAUUAAGCAUCACACCUGAAUUGGUGUCUUAUUACUAUGUCCGGUGUUGGAGCCGAUGUACAUCAGCCAUUGCUAGGAGUGUAAAGAUCCAUAAAUUUCUGCAGAGGAAUUUGGGUACAGCAGCAUCCUCGUUCGCAAGGACAGAACAGGUCUUCACCAGGGCUGCUAACUUUGCAGACAGACUGGCUAUUGUGGAUGAUCGUGGACGUUACACAUACAGGGAUCUAUAUAGGUGCAGUCAGGCCCUUUCAAGGGAGAUUCAGAGUGCCUUGGGUUGUUUUGAUGGUGAUAUUCGGGAGCAGAGAAUUUCAAUCCUGUGUCCAAACGAUGUAUCUUUUGUGAUUGCGCAGUGGGCUUCCUGGAUGAGUGGUGGUGUUGCAGUACCACUCAGUCAUAAGCACCCAGCUUCUCAGCUGGAGUAUGUUGUCCAUGACUCUCAAAGCACUUUAAUCAUCGUGGAGGAGAACUACAUCAAAUGGGUUACACCAGUUGCUAACAAACUGCAGGUGAAAUGCCUUCCAUUGUAUAAGUCCCACCGAAUGGUCCCUGACACCAUGCAACCGGACCAAUGUGCUGGCACUCCAGUGGCAGAUGCUACCUAUGUUGUGACAGACUGGAGAGGUAGAGGAGCCAUGAUCUUGUACACCAGUGGAACAACAGGACAGCCCAAAGGAGUCCUCACCACCCAUGGCAUCUUGCAGAGUCAGAUAACCUCGCUGGUGAAGCAGUGGGAAUGGAGCAAAGAUGAUGUUAUCCUGCAUGUAUUACCUCUAAACCAUCUACAUGGAAUCCUUAAUAAACUACUGUGUCCACUCUGGGUCGGUGCUGCCUGUGUGAUGCUGCCAGAAUUCAAUGCUCAGCGGGUUUGGGAGUACCUGCUGAAAACUAAUGGUACAGGAGCUCCACGCAUCAACGUGUUCAUGGCAGUACCCACCAUCUAUGCCAAACUCAUUGAAUACCACGCCAAGAAUUUCACUCAGAGCCAUGUGAGGGAUUUCAUUCACAGCAUAUGCCAGAGCAACAUUAGAUUAAUGGUGUCAGGAUCUGCUGCUCUUCCACAGCCUAUCUUGGAGAAGUGGAAAGAAAUCACUGGCCACAUGUUACUGGAGCGCUAUGGAAUGACAGAGAUAGGAAUGGCUCUGUCAAACCCUUUACAUGGGGCCCGUGUGCCAGGGGCUGUUGGGAACCCACUGCCAGGAGUGGAGGUGCAAAUUGCAAAAGAAAACUCCACAAGGAACCACUCCUCUUACACUGUCAUUGCUGAGGGUGACAGUACAGGCACUAAGGUGAAACCUGGAUUCGAAGGCAAGGAUGGAGAGCUGCUAGUUAAAGGACCAUCACUAUUCCGAGAAUAUUGGAACAAGACAAAAGAAACCGCAGAAUCAUUUACAUCAGACGGCUGGUUCAAGACAGGGGACACUGUGUGCUACAGAGACGGUGUUUACUGGGUUCUGGGUCGAACCUCAGUGGACAUCAUAAAGAGUGGAGGAUACAAGAUCAGUGCACUGGAUGUUGAGCGCCACCUCUUGGGCCAUCCUCAUAUUGCAGAUGUGGCAGUCAUUGGUGCCUCUGACCUGACAUGGGGGCAGAAGGUGGUGUCUGUUGUCCAGUUACACCAGGGUUGUGUCCUCUCCCUGAAGGAGUUGCGAGAAUGGGCCCGGGACCACAUGGCCUCUUACAGCAUCCCUUCGGAGCUGAUCCUUGUGGAGCAGAUUCCUCGCAACCACAUGGGCAAGGUGAACAAGAAGGAGCUGCUGAAGCAGUUCUUCCCCCCUUCUGGGGGUCAAUAGAAUCAACUGGCACAGCAUGGACCCUUCGCUCCUGUUCCCACAGCGUGCAGACGGCACAGAUUCGUGUUAUACUGAACCGACCAGUGUCAGGGCUAGAGGUUAUUUCCUGGAAGUGGACGAGUGAUCGGACUGCCUGUAUCUGACCAUGUGUGCCCAUCCAUGCCUGAUUAUGUUCGCCUGUGUCUGCCCUUCUCAGCCUGUGUGUGCUAGAGGAGGUAGUGUUAGCUACUCUGUGGCGCAGGAAGUGGCAUUGGAUUCCAUGUUCCAGGGCUGAUUAUAUUCCAAGGAUGGGGAUGAGACAUUUGUCAGUAAAGGAAGUAUCUGAAAUUUCA